AUGCUUAACCUGGGCUUCACCAUUGGCUCCUUUUUACUGAGCGCGGCCACUUUGCCUCUGGGGAUCCUCAUGGACCGGCUUGGCCCCAGGCCACUGCGCCUGGUCGGCAGGUAUGGAUCAGAGAUCGAGAGGAAGGAAUGGGGAAUCUUUCUUCAACUGAAGGGCCUUUCUGGAAAAUGUUCUGAGGGCCACUUUCCAGGGGUUCUGUGGGGCCAGUGGAAAAAGUGGGUGGAGCCAGUAAUGUACAUUUUACCUUUGUAUGGUAGGCGAGUUUCUAGACAUGCCCCUUUCUCUUCUCUAUCCGGACAAGCAAGAGGCAUUAGCAGAGUUCAAAGACACAUUCCAGCCAGGCAAAAGCGCUUGGGGGUGAAGCAAGUCCAGGGAGGGCUGUGGCCUUGGGAAAUUUUUGAAGGCCAGAUAGAGAGACCUAGAAAGCCAGAUUUGGCCCCUGGGCCUGAAGUUCCCCACCCCUGGUCUAGGGACUGUGACAAAUUUGCCCUGAGGGUGCUGGCAAGUGGGUUCUUGUUUCAAAGGGGUCUGGAAUAAUAAUAGUAAUAGUAACAAUUAUUUAUUUAUACCCCGCCCAUCUGGCUGGGUUUCCCCAGCCACUCUGGGCGGCUCCCAAUAGAAUAAUAAUAAUAAUAGCGAUAAAACAUAAAACAUUAAAAACUUCUCUAAACAGGGCUGCCUUCAGAUAUCUUCUAAAAGUCAGAUAGUUGUUUAUUUCCUUGACAUCUGAUGGGAGGGCGUUCCACAGGGUGGGUGCCACCAUCGAGAAGGCCCUCUGCCUGGUUCCCUGGAAUGGCAAGGCGGGGUCCACUGGAUAGACCGCCGAGAAACUGAGAAUGGGUUGUAGUUUGGGGGGAUGACUUCCUGACAUGGUUGUGGGGCAUCUCAUUGAAGGCAUGACUUAGCUUUGCAUUGUUCUCAUUUCUCUGCAGUGCCAGCUUUGCUGUUUCCUGCGCUCUCAUGGCCCUGGCAGCCUACAAACCACCAGGUAAGACUGGCCAUGUGGCACUUGACUUUCAGUAGCAGUGUGGAGAAUUCCCCCAGCCUCCCUCCCUCCCACCAGCAAGGAGGAUGGUUCUGCAGCAUCACCCCUCUUGACCAACUCCCAUAGUCUACCCUCCCCCUCCUGUUGUGCCUCCACAGUAGGCAGCAUGUGGGCGUGAGCAAUGGGGCUUGCAAAGGAGAGUUGCUGCAGAAGCCAUGGCUGCAUCCCCCUUUCUGGCUGCAGAAGCCUAAAGACAAUCGGAUGGUUCUCUAGGUCUGCUCCACGCCCUUCCCUUAGCAAUCUCACAUGGUGCUCUCAAGCCCUAUGGACAAUGUCACUCCACUAUUUUUUAUGCCCCCAUUCUUUGCAGCACCCCAUUGUCCCCUUUGUGCUCACCCCACAUUUCUGUUCUCUUCCCGCUAGUUCUUUCCCCGCUGAUUUUUCUUGGCCUUUCCCUGAAUGGCUUUGGUGGUAUUUGCCUGACCUUCACCUCCUUAACUGUAAGUAUGGGGGAAACUGACAUAUUGGCCCUUUCACUGCAUAAAGAUCACUGCAUGGUGAUAGUAGGAGAUACCGGAACAAUAUUCUUCACCCAUAUUCAUUCCAAGGACGUUGGAGAGAUUCCCAUGUGGCCUGCGUUGAAGAUGAGUUUUAAGUCGGGGGUGGGGGACCUGUAGCCCCCUGGGUGUUGCUGGGCUCCAUCAGCCCCACCCAGCAGGACCAAUGGACAGGAAUGAUGGGAGCUGUAGUUGAGCGAUCCCAGAGAGGUCACGGAUUCCUCACCCCUCCUUUAGGGUCUGUCUUGUACUGGUCGCCUCUCUCCCAUUUUCACAGGAGCUGAGAGGGGUGGGUUACAUUGCCAGAACUGUGCAGCAUCCCCCUCCUUCCCUGUCCUCCUUCAAUAAUACCACCCCAAAAGCCGUGAUCUCAUAAAUCCUGCAGCGAAAAAGAAAUUGCGCAGAAUGACAUUGCAAAUACAUACAGUUUACAGUUUAAAUAUGUUUUUAUUGAAAUAUUUUUUCAUAGGUAACAAAAGUACAUUCAGUGUCUCUGUUUUCAAAUGGUAGAAUCCUUCAUACAGGUCAGUUGCAGUCAGUUUGAGGCCUUUUUUUGUAGACAAUGUGGGUUGAGGGAGAAAAAGAGGUGGGGAGAGAGAGGAGAGGGAGAGAGAGAGAGAGAGAGAGAGAGAGAGAGAGAGAGAAGGGGAAGGUGAGGGACACAUUAAACUUUCACUCUUUACAUAGUAUAUGAGUGGAGCUUUUUUGUCACCGUCAUGGGGGUAGGCAGUAUGCAAACACAUACACACAUUUAUUGAUCUGUAUGAUUUGGUUUAGGCUGGGAUUUGGCUUCAUCUAUUGAAGAACACUCUUUUUGCUUUUUUUUUUUUUUAAAAAAAGCAGCGUCCUCAUUGAACUCAGACAACCCCCUUCCUCAACUUGAUGCCCUCCAAAUAUUGCUGGACAACAAUUCCCAUCAUCCCAUGCUGGCUGGGGCUGAUGGUAAUUGCAGUCCAACAACAUCCAGAGGGCACUGGGUUGGGGAAACUGCAGAUGAUAAUGACAUAAUUCCCCUGCCAGGGAGAUCAGUGAGGGCAGGGCUUCUGUCUGGUGGAGAAGUGCAGCUUUGGGCACCUGUGGCUUUCCAAGCAGGGUGUGGCGUGCAAAAGUUGAACCUGCCAAAGGCUCCCUCUUUUGUAUGGCUGUUAAGCAUACAGAAGCCCUGUCCUUGUUUAUAACUGGUUGUCCCAGGCGGUAGCUGCUACUUGUUUCCCAAGGAACAGGCUAACCAGCAGCAAGAAACGGGGACACACACAGUGAUUGGCUCAGAGGCAAGGUGUGGCAGGGGCAGGGCACUGCACAGGACUGGCAGGGUGCCUAUCUAUACUUUGCAACAAGUAUUGCUGCAGUCCUGUGUCAAGACUGAGUAUGUGGCUGCAGGAGUACUUAAGAGAGGGCAGAGCCAGCCUCCUUGUCAUUUGCAUUUCUCACUGAGCUUCUUUGCAUCGCUCAGGAAUUAUGUUUUUCUCCUUUGAUAGCACCUGAGACCAUUUUGAUUUCUUUCAUAAUUUCUGAUAACUUGAGGCAAGAACCUGGGUAACUGAAGUGCUGGGCCCCUCUCUCAUUUCAAACACAGCUGCAUACUUGCUUGUAUCUGAGCUUAGGCAUCAUCUUUUAUUCUGAGCUAAAUAUAUUGCGUUCUGUGUAUAAACACAUACUGGGAAUCUCAGCCCUGCUCCUGCAAGGAACCCAGAAGGUGUGAUUUUUACAUGGGGACAUCCUAUAUCCACUCUCAACCAUCAGUUUACAUCUGUGUCCACAGUCUGCUCUGUGAACACCAUACACCCCACACUUCAUGACACUGCCAUGGCGCAAAAAACUAGACCAGAUGCAUGAAUCCUCAUGAUAUCUAAGAGGACGUACCAGAGAUCUGCUGCUACUGUUAAUGUGUCGGGUUUCUGAGAUCUGCAUGUAAAAGCCAUGAUGAUCCAUGAAAUCAUAGAAUGGAAAUCUGGAGGUUAGCCUCUUUUGCUCAGAACUCUAAAUUUUAUAUUAGUAAUAAUUUGUCAAAUUUGUAUACCGCCCUGCAUCCAAAGAUCACAGGGCUGAAUGACAGAUGAGACUCCUAAGAGCAUAAGAAGAAUCUUCUGGAUCAGGCCAGUGGCCCAUCUUGUCCAGCAUCCUGUUCUCAAAUCUUGUUGCCUGGAUUUGAGCACAAGAAUCUUCUCCCCUCCUGUGGUUUCCAGCAACUGGUAUUCUGAAGCUUUUUUACCUCCAGCUGGAGGCAGAGCUGAGCCGUCAGGGCUAAUAGCCAUGGAUAGUCCUCUUGCCUUUGUAUCGUAAUGCACAAGUCAGGGGUUGCUCUGCACAUACAAACACAUCUCCCCAACCCCCAUUCCGGCCACUGAGACGCAUGCGCAUUGUUCAAGGACAUGUUCCAGCCAAGCAAAAGAACUCAAGGGGGUGAAGAGAAGGACCAAUGACAAGUUUGGCCUGGGAAGAGUCCCAGGGGUCAGAUAGAGAAGUUUCAUCUGGCCCCUGGGCCUGAGGGAGACUCAUGUGACUGAGCACUUUCCCAUGGAAUUAAAUCUUUGUACACAGGAGACAAAUGACUCACAUCGUCUUCACCCUCCUCUUUGUGUGGAGGACCAUUAAGUCAUGCCAGCUUCCAUCCGCAUUUUGAGGUUGUACUGUCCAGAAACAGGCUUUUUUCUUAUUUUGCUGCAUUUAAAAACAAGCGAGGAAAGCAAAGCUCGGCUGCCGUAUGGGUGGGUUGGUGCAGGGAAGGACACCUAUGCAGGAUAAAAGCACGAAGAAAUAAGUAGUUUCCCUUUGAGACCAUAAUUAAAAGCCCAGGUGUUUGUUUUCUACCAAAUCUCUCCGUCCCGCUAGCUCUCUCAUGCCUUGUUUCUCUGCGCUGUGGUAUAAUUUACGUGAUUUAUGAUGGAAGUAUUGGCAACAAGUUAAUUUGAGAAAAAUCCGCCCUCGUAAAGCUCAGCAAUUAAAGUGAUGCAAAUCUGUGUGGUGGAACUCAGCCCUGCAGGUUGAGACAUCUCUCUGCUCUGCAUGCGUGUCUUCUUUCCAAGUGCAGAGAGUGUUCGUGUAAAAUGUGAAGCCCCUUUUACUGGUUGCAAGAACAUGCGCGUGCGCAUGUGCAAGUCCACAACUUGUCUGUUUUGGCAUAGGGUGUGUGUAUUUCAUUGUGUAAUCCAUCUCCUGUUCAGGUAUUGGGAGGGACAUGCGUGCCUUCUCAUUCCUGUUGUGUAAGAUUCCAGGGAGUGCAAAGUUUUGAGGACAGAGCUCUGUGGUGACAUGACCUGGGAGAGGUGACCAAAGACACCCUGUGCCUUUUAGAGCCAUGUCAAAGAGGGCAUGUUGUAGGCAUCUCAUCAUCUGGGACUGAGAAUUUACUGGAAUUCCCUCUUAUUAUACUUUUUUUAAAGGCACAUGAACCCUUUCCUCCUGUGCUACAGUCACCCUAGCAAAAGGUUUCCCAAACUUGAGUCUCCAGCUGUUUUGGGACUACAACUCCCAUCAUCCCUAGCUAGCAGGGCCAGUAGUUGGGGGAUGAUGGGAGUUGUAUUCCAAAAGCAGCUGGAGACCCACAUCUGGGAAACCCUGUCUAGAAAAACCCAUGUUGCAAGGUCCAUGUCAUGGGUGGUGAUCAUGGUAGGAAGAGUGGCAAUCAUCUCCCACAGUUUGUUUGUCCCUGUUGUGCCAAACCAAUCUGUGCUGGCAGAAAGAAAGGGAAUAUGAUAUUGAGGAUGGGGGUGGGGGGUGGGGAGAUAUCUUACCUGGUGCUUACCUCACUCCCUUUGUGGUGGUGUUUGUGUGCAUGCUCUGAUUAUUUCCAGUUCUUCCCAGAACACAUAAGGAACAGUGCUUGCCUCACUAUUAGAUCACAGUGCCUUUUUGUGCCUUCUUGUACCCACAGGGUACAUAUACAUAAGCCAGGAAAGGGUAGUAUCUGGCCAAUCAGAAGGCUGGGUCGAGCGCCCCACCCGCUUCCCCCUUGCCUUUGGCAAGGGCAUAUGUUGAAGAGCUGGAGUGUGGCAGAGGCUCCCUGUGUGCCACUGUUUACCCAAGCAAAGUGCUUGGUUGGCAGCACGCCACAACCCCGGGGCUGUUGCAAAGGAAAAACAGGUGGAUAACUAGAAGGUUCUCCCUCCAAGUAUAAGCAUAUUUUCUUGGGAGUGGAGUACAAAUAGCUCAGUGGAUGUAAAUGUUUGGCACUCGGAAGGUCUCAGGUCCAGCCUCGGACAUCUCCAGUUGAAACGGUUCUAGUCAUAGGGCUGGGAAUUUUAUCCCUGCCUGAGAUAUUGGAUGGUCUCUGGUGGGUCAACAGCCUGACAGAAUAAGGCGACACAAUAUGUUCAGUUAUCUCUCUCUGAUGCUGGUGUAGCUUACAUCUUACUAAGGAUUCUGAGGGCCACAGCUGUUCUAUACCCAACCUUGCAUUUUUAAGAUGCUGCAAUCAAUCUAGAAAUUGGAGUUUCCCUUCCGGAACAGUAAACUAAAUGGAAGCCAGGUUAUUAUUUCUCUUGCUCCCCACUGACUUAUACACAUUCCUACCUGGAGGUUUCUUAACUCUUCACAACACCUGAACUCCCCUCCUGAUAAACAGGUGGCUUUUUUGUGUGUCUCUGAGACACCCAAUAGUUUUACCAGCCUCUGCUCCAGUACCUUAAACAGCAGCUUGAUUUGCAGAGAUUAGAAGACAAUAGUGUUUAUCUUUUCUGCUCUUGGAAAUUAGCCACAUCUUUCUCUGCUUUGUUUUACUGUGGAUUAGUAAAUCUGGGCUAAUGACUAUCACUUCCUAGUUCUCCACUUGCAACAAACCACAUGUAUCCAGAUCUUCUGCAUGUACCCACGUACCAUUCAUUUUCUUUCAUGAAUUCACUAUCCAUUUUAUUUGUGUGCCGCUUUUCCACACACACACACACACACACACACACACACCCUGCUCAAAGUGGCUUACAACAAAGAAAGGGAUGCAUUUCAAUUUCAAAACAAAAGCAAUUUCAUAAUAACAUGGCAAAUAGCAAAUAUAAUAACGUACCAAAAAACCACAUUCCAAAACUGUAAAUAUAGCAUUCCUUAAAGAACAUGCAGCAUCCAAUAGCAAAAAUGACAAGGGAGCUUCACAUUUCCCCCUUCAUCCUAGAAACACCCCUCCCAAGAUGAAUUGAAAGAGCGAACUAAACCCCACUUUUUACCUUCUGUGCACUGAACUUGGUUAAAGUUGCAACACUUACCUGGGAUUAAGCCCCCUUGAACUCUGUGAGAAAUACUUCUAAGUAGGCAUAUUUAAGCUGGGCUGUAACACAUGUUGGAUAAUAAAACUGUGAUACAUUUAUGUAGAAUGUGCCUCAUCUGUAGUAAAUGAAAGCUCAGAAUGAGAGAUGCAAUGAGAAUUUGGAAAAUAAACAAGAUUCCAGCCGUUUGGUCCCUGGAGUGUGAUAAUCCUCCAGCACAGCCUUUGGAGCUUCCAUAGUGUUCGGUGAAGUUCUUGAAUAAGGCAGAAGGACUCUAGCAGCCCUAUAGAAGAAGCCCCUGAAUUGGAGUGGAAGCAGAACAUUUCUGCUAAUUGUUUUCUCCUUUCGUUUCUCCUUAGCUGCCCAACAUGUUUGGACACCUGCGGUCCACCUUCAUGGCCCUCAUGAUUGGCUCGUAUGCUUCCUCUGCUGUUACAUUUCCUGGGGUCAAGGUAUGUAGCAAACCUGAAUCACCCCAGCUGCCUAGGGUGGAGUGCCCCACUAUUACUUAGGACUUGAGGCAGCUCCCAGAUCUAUGCCUGUGUGCUUCUCUCCAUGUUGAUGGAGCCUUACAGUUGAGUCAGAGAUAGUAUUUCCCCCAUUAGACCUGUUAGGGGUAUUGAAGGGAGGCAUAAGGUGAGGCAGGGUAGAAUCCAGGAGGCAUUUGUUGAGUUCAUCCAUAACACUAAACCAUAGCUUGCUUUAGCCAUGGUUUGUUCAACAAUCCAUAGGGUGUCUCUCACAUGAGCAAACAAACCAUGGUUUUCUUCUCUGAUGCUUGGUUUCCCCUCUUCCCCAGCUGCUCUUGCCCUGUGCCUCUGUAGCUUGGCAAGUGUCUAGGGUGGGGUGGCCAAACAAACCAUGGUUAAACACAGGCUGUUGGGUUCAGACAGAACUUAGUUAAAGCAAGCCAUGGUUUCUAAACCAACAACAAAUCAUGGUUAGUGCUAGACUGGGUUUGAUGCUCAAAAAAAGGACACUUUGGCUAAAACCAAUCGUGGCUUAGUGUAGGGUUGCCAACGUGGUGCCCUCUAGAUAUUGCAGCUGCAGCUCCAAUCUUCUCUGACUAUCAGCCAUGCUGGUUGGGGCUGAUGGGAACUCUGUGUUCUCCAGGUGUUCUGGACUACCUGUUGGCUUCCCCCUUGAUUCUACUUUGGGAGACUGCCCAAGCCCACCUGAGGCCUCCUCUGCCGCCCUCUCUCUUCUCCCACCCCUUCAUUUCUGUCUCCUGUCCCGUUGCUGUUAGCUGAUCUACGACAGCGGAGUUUCCUUCAUCACCAUUAUGCUCGCGUGGUCAGGCCUGGCUUGCCUCAUCUUCCUCAACUGCGUGAUCAACUGGCCCCAUGAAUCCUUCCCGGCUCCCGAAGAAGUCAGCUACAUGUAAGCAGCAGCCAGUUCAGCCUUAACUGAGGAAGGUUGCUCCUGUUCCCGUCACCUGGGGCAGGCUGUCCCGUGGACAGAGAGAGCUGCUUUCUGUGAGGGAGUGGGGAGGUGGCUAUCCCAAUAGCAGCAGCACUUUGGGUACACUGAGCGGCCUUCUCUGUUUGGGCAAACUGGGCAGCUGGGUCUGGCAACCCUUUCUGAUUUCCUAGGAAAUGAGCACUGUGGGAAAUUAAAAGGGUGGCUAAAACCAGCUGUCUGGUGCUGCUUGGAGUGCCAAGCCAGGAAAAAACAACCAAAACAGGCAGGGCAGCAGCAGCAGCAGUGGGCCCUGCCAGUCAUGGCACAUGGCCAAAGACGCCAGGUGCUGUUGCUGAUCCCUGACCCUGAGGCACUUCUAACACAUAUGCCUGUUUCCACUCUAAGCAGUCCACAAUAUCGCCCCCCCUUCAGCCCAACGCAGCUCAUAUUUGGACUUGGGCCCAUUGGGCUCUCUCACUACUCCAGAGGUGGGCAGGCUUUAGGCUUGCGGGGUCCACUUCAUUUUCCACAGGAGCUGUGGCAGCGCGUCCUUCUUUCGCCGCUUGAGGCGAAACCGGAAAUGCCGCCUUUGCCUCUGCCGCUGGUAUAGAAGUGGCACUGGCAUUGGCACCAAUUUCCCGUGAGACAAGAUGGCAUCCAUCAUAGCACAACACUGAAUUUCUCCCAUAGGCUUUGCCCAAUGUGGGGGGACAGCAAGCAUGUAACGCUCCCUCCUUGUCCCUGAGAUAGGAAGAAGAUCAAACUGAGCAGCUUAGCCCUCGACCACAAGGUGACGGGCGACCGGUUCUAUGUGCACGUGAUGGCUGUGGGACAGCGGCUGAGCCAGAGAGCGCCACAUCUUGAUGGCCUCUGUCCAUCUGUGGAGGACCUGCACCAAAAGCCUGUGAAAUCCUCUGAUCGUGAGUGCCCCCUCAUUACAUCACCACAGCUCCCCAAGAGGGAAGGAAAUCCCGGCUUCCCCGGCUUGUCGAACAAAGCCUGCGGUUUGGUUUGGCGCCCGUCUAGUGUUCCUUAGCUUGCACACAAACACACACAGGUCUCUUGCAGGUCAAGGGGCUUCCUCGAGGCUUCCUGAGGGAUGGGAAGUGCUAUAGAUUUAUUCCUGCAAGGCCUUGGGCCUCUUGCGUCAGGCUCCGUUCCUGGCAGUGGCUGCAAGAGCUGGGAACAGGCCCUGGCAUCUGGCUCCAUCUAUCGGCAGGAGCAAGCCAUUGCCAUUUCCUUUUGACAUCUGUCUCGCUCUUGUGAGGAAAAACAACUUCUAGGGAGUGGCUGGGCUUUCUCUGCCUGCAUAAUGCAAAGGAAUUAAACUCGAGGAGGAGGUUACUCUAGUUCAUAGCAGAAAACAGGGCUGAAGCCCAUUCCUGAGCCCAUCCUUUUUUUAAAAUAAAAAAACCCUUUCCUGUAUUCAGGCACGAUACACUAAGUACACACUGUCCCCUUAAAGAGUCUCACCUCCCAUCCCAUAAACCAGAUGAAUCCCUGCUGCAGGCUGGAGUUAAGAGUCCUGCCGGGGAGAUGUAUAUAGCCUUGUAAAUAAUCCAGUGGAAGUUGCCAGCAACUGUGUUGAGCCUGAAUUCAAAAGGUAAAGGUUUUACCAAAAAAAGCCACCCCCUUCUAGUUCUCUAACAAGGCAUAAUAUACAAACCUUUGAGUCUCAGAAGUGCCUCCGUCUCUACUAAAGCUCACCUUUUUUUCAGAGCUGAAAUGAUAGUGAAGAGCUGGAGACUAAUCUUUCCCUUGAGAGCUGGAGACUAAUCUUUCCCAUAAUCCUUUUUGGUGUUUGCCACCUGCAGGGCUGUUCAGAUGAAACACCCUAUGCCUUCAACGAUAAUGGACAGGGAGCAGGAUUGCCCUGUUAGCCCAGCCAGUGUGCUCCAUGUUGGUCUAUGGGUAUGGGCAGCAAGAGGAAAAUCCCACACCCCCAUAUACUUCAAGCAGGUGGCACUGUGGUCUAAACCACCGAGCCUCUUGGGCUUGCCGAUCGAAAGGUUGGAGGUUCGAAUCCCCAAUGGGGUGAGCUCCUGUAGUUCUGUCCAAGCUCAUGCCUACCUAGCAGUUCGAAAGCAUACCAGUGCAAGUAGAUAAAUAGGUACCACUGCGGUGGGAAGGUAAAAGGCCUUUCCGUGCGCUCUGGUUUCCAUCACGGUGUUCCGUUGUGCCAGAAGUGGUUUAGUCAUGCUGGCCACAUAACCCAGAAAACUGUCUAUGGACAAACGCUGGCUCCUUCAGUCUGAAGCAAGAUGAGCACCACACCACAUAGUCGCCUUUGACUGGACUGAACCGUCCAGGGGUUAUUUACCUUUUUAACUUUACCUUAAGUGAACACAAGAUUUUGCUCUGCUUUGUCCAUCUGCACAGCCUUAUUAGGUCCUUCUGGCUGCUGUGCCACAUCAACCCUCUAAAUUAGGAAGGGGAACAUACAAAUGAUUGGCCCCAUAGGCCCCAGCCCAGCAUAGCCAGUGGCAGGGCUUGUUGGUGUUGCAGUCCAGGGAAACUUGAAGUUUUCUCCAUUCCUGAUCUGUAUUCCGUGCUCUGUUUCGCUCCAGGUGCCACCCCCUUCCGCCGCAGCGUCUGCUCCCCCAUCUUUCUGUGGAGUCUCUUCACCAUGGGCAUGACCCAGCUGCGUGUCAUCUUCUACAUGGCAGCCAUGAACAAGAUGCUGGAGUUCCAAGUGACAGGCGGCCAGGACCCUGGUGAGGACUGAUAGGGGAAAGAUUUCCCAGCUGCCAAAGGACACCCGGAAGUAAAGGAGAGAAAGAUGGGAGCUGGGGGGAGACUAAACAACAUAGGAGACUGGGAGAAGUAUUGCUUGCAGGGUGACCUACAGAAUAAUUGUGUAGAGUUGCUAGGGGAGUGAAUCUGGGUCUGUUGGGACAAGGUCCUGGUCCAAUUACUGUGAUGCAGUCUUGUUCUUUCCUUCUUCUUUUCUUGGGCAUCCCAGUUCCAGAAGAGCUGGCGGAUGAAGCUGAGGAAACAGGUAGGAACCCUCAUGUGAGAUGAGCCUAGUGCAGACCUCUCCAUGUAUGUAUGCGGUAAACAAGCCCUCUGUUCAUCGCUCUGCCUGCCCAGGCUUUGAGUUGGUUGGGAACUUCCAUUUCCUAGGAAACAAAGCCUAGACAAGGGAUCCCAAGUCUCCUUUUAAAACCUCAAAGCCGCCUCCCUGCAAACAUAAAAUGGUUCUCAGCCUACUUUGGAAAAUUUAAUAAGUCCAAGUAGCAAUUUUUCACAGUGGCAAGUUAUGAGUGCUGAUGGAGCAGAACUGGCCCAUCUUGACUGAUAACCAGGGCUGCCUCUGCAGCUGCUGUUAUUAAUAAAUGAAUUACCUUUUACAUGUGUCUCAAAGCACCUUACAAACAAACCAUAAGAACAGCUAAAAAUAAUUUUGAAAAUGGUACGAAACAACAACUGAAGCAAUACAAAAUGAACACCUAAGGCAAGAAACCUUUUCUUCUAGCCGGAAAAGCUUGUCAGAGCAAAAAUGUCUUCAGUUGUUUCUGGAAAGUACAGAUAGUGCUGUAUCUCCACAGGGAUGCUGUUCCACAAAACAAGGGAUAGCCACACUGAAAGCCCUGCUCUGAGUUACUUUACUAUGGGCCAAGCUUCUGAUAUUUCUGGCACUUUAAGGAGAAAUUCUCCGGCUGAAGGCACUGCCCUUCUGGGUAUAUAAGGGAUAAGACAGUUUCUCAAGUAACCUGGUGCUGAGCUAUAUACAAAAUGAAGAGAUUGGAAAUGGGGAAAAAGCAAGUUUUAUCCCAUGGGAGGAAUACUGGGUUUCUGGUCCUUUGUCUAACAUAGCAGGUGAUGUUAGGAGCUGUAGGAGCUGCUGAGUGGUAGUUUAUUGGUUUACAAUUUUGUUUUGUUCUUUUUAUCUUUUGAUUCUUAGCUGCUUAGGAUGGGCCCUUUGCCCCAAGAAGUGGCCUAGAAACAUUUUUAAAUAAAAAAAGCUUACCUGGGGAAAGCCAGACUGGAUUAGCUGAGAGAAAUAGAAUGGGAAGCAGGGACAAAGAGGAAAGGAUGAAAUGUGGAGUGGUGAAUUCAUGCUGUGUGGACAGGCCUAGACCAAAGCAUUUCCCCAUGGCAAUUGGGAAAUACUUCUCAAACCAUCUGCACUAGGUGCAAAGGAUUAUUAUUUCUCCUGUGUUUGUUCCACCCUGCCUCCAGCGAGUUCAGAGUGGUGUGCAUAGGGCCUCUCAGAUGGCAGUCUAACCACUGCUGGUUAGCUUCAGGUGAGGAAGUCUUUUGGACUGUUCUCUCAUUCCUACCCCCUUUCUUUUUGCUGGGCAGUUGGCUUCUACUCCUCCAUCUUUGGUGUCAUGCAGUUACUGUGCCUUCUCACCUGUCCCUUCAUUGGCUACGUGAUGGACUGGCACAUGAAGGACUGUGUGGAUGCACCAGGGAACAUCAACAGCGCUGGAUUGGCAAGGUGAGAGUCACAAUUCUCCUAAUUUCAAAAGCAGAAUCAGUGCGAAGACCAAACCUGAAUGCUCUCAGUGGGAGGAUGUUAAUGCAGUCACAGGGGGCUGACCGUUCUCCCUUUUUCUCCUUAGGACCGAGACAAAAGGAAAGCCAGCCAAAGUUCGCUACUGUAAAAUCCAGAAGCUCACCAAUGCUAUUCGUGCCUUUGUCAUCACCAACCUACUGCUGGUGGGAUUUGGUACCACUUGCCUGAUCAACGACCUCCCUCUCCAGGUAACUUCUGCCCCAUGUCUCAUUUCACCCAUGAUGCACCUUGGCAUAUGGCCUCCCCCUGACCCUGCCCUUCAUCAGAUCAGCCCUGUGUGGCUUCCUUCAUUUUGUUUCUUUCUCCACAGUAUGUGACCUUCAUCUUUCACACCAUGGUGCGUGGUUUUUUCCAUUCUGCCUGCGGAGGUCUCUAUGCCGCUGUGUGAGUUAUGCCACUGUGUGGAGCACCUUUGCUCUCCCAGCUUCAGAGUGGAAGCAAGAUUAUGGUCAGCACCAGCUUCCCCCCAGCCUGGUGCCCUGCUCUCCUGAUGUAGUUGAACUCCCAACUCCCAUCAGCCCCAGCUAGCAUGGUCAGGAGAGAGGAAAACUUGCAUUGUGCUUCUUAUGCUACACCAGGGAUAUGGAAAUCUCAGGCCAAAUAAGGCCUCUUAUCAAAUGCUUUCAAAUGUGGAUACACCCUGAUUUGGGUCUAGUUUUAGUUCCCCCUCCCAAAGCUAUGUGGCUAAAGCACAAGGCAUGGGGAGAGUUCCAGAGGUGGUGGAUGAAGCAGGAGAGACAGCCAAGUGUGCUGCUUUCUCCUUCCUAAUAGCAGUUUCCGUUUUGGAGCUGCAAAGCAAGACCCUAGAGGUGGGGGAGAGGGAGGGCCCUGUGUGUGUUCGCAUUCUGGUAGGAUUGUCUGCCACUCCAAAAUCUCAUGCUGUGACACCUGCCUGAAGAGCAGUUCUGCUCUCUGACUCUACUCAUUGACUGACAGGCAAAGAGAGCUGGAAGGAAGGAGGAGGAGGAGAUGCCCUAUCGGCUGGCUUUCCCCUUCUCUUUAUCUCUAGUUAUCUUUUUUCUAAAGGCAGCAUAUCUUCCCUAACUGUUGAGAGUUUGAGGAUGGGGAAAGGAGCAGCAAUAAAGAGGCAGUUUAUAUUUGCAUUUCUGUUGCCAAACCUUAAAGCGGUUCCUGCUUUUCAGUAGAAGCUGUUGUUCAUGUCACUACUAACUUUGUCCAUUCACACAUUCUUUUCCUUUUCCUGUUCAUAGAUAGACAUCCUUAUGUGUUUCACAUGUCCUUGCUCGGCCUCUGCCAAUCUGGUGCCCUCCAGUUGUUUUGUACCGCAAUACUUUUGGGGGGAUUUAAAACCCAAAGCAAUCUGGAGGAACCAGGUUGGCAAAGGCUGCUUUAAAAUAUGGAUAUCUUUUGAGCAGCUGAUCCACUUCUCAGAUAUCUGGAAGGUGUGUGCAAUGGGUCUUGGGAGUGGGGGAGGGCUGUUACCAGCUUCUGCGGCAUUUUGAGUCUCACCCUCUGUACGCAAUUUCUGGUUGCCAGGUAUCCGUCCAAUCACUUUGGUACAUUGACCGGUCUACAGUCCUUGAUCAGUGCUGUAUUUGCUCUCCUCCAGCAGCCACUCUUCAUGGCUAUGGUGGGACCACUACACGGUGAUCCCUUUUGGGUGAGUUAUGGCUUCUCGGGGUGAAGACUGAGGUUGCUUUUUAAGAGGGAUCACAGCGAACUUUUCACUUGCAGUGAGGAUCCGGUCAGGGCCAGAUUUAGGUUUGAUGAGGCCCUAAGCUACUGAAGGUAAUGGGGCCCUUUAUAUGUCCAGCUGUCCUUUGUCAACAACAAAUUGUGUUGAAUAUAUGCUAUAUGGUAAUUUAUGGACCUAAUAGGUAUCUCAAGCCAUUUGCACAUAACAAAUAAGAGCCUACACAACACAAAACAAAACACUGUUGCUGAAUGUAGGUUUUAUUUUAUUUUAUUUUAUUUUAUAUUUUGGAAAUGUACAUUCAGUUUUUCUCCCCUUUAAAAUUUUUUGGGGCCCCCAACCCAAGAGUGGGGCCCUAAGCUAUAGCUUGUUUAGCUUAUACGUAUUUCCGGCACUAGAUCUGUUUUAUACUUGUGCACUACUUUUAACAAAGAAACAAGCAUCAGCAUUUGUUCAUUCACCCCACAUCUUGCAAAAAGAGAUUUGCUAACAUUUUAAAAACAGUUACAAACCUACCCUGCCAGUGUGGAGAGGUUGGUAAUGUCACAUGUGCUGAGCAAUAGGUGCCUGUUGCAGCCAGCUUUGUGCUCUAGCAUGCUGGUGCAGUGCGGGAAAAGGAGCAAUCACAGGAUGGUGGCUGAGUGGGCAUGUGCCUGCGCAUCAUUACAUUGGCUUCCAGUAGGUUUCUGAGCUCAAUUCAAAGUGUUGGUGCUGACCUUUAAAGCCCUAAACGGCCUCAGCCCAGUAUACCUGAAGGAGUGUCUCCACCCCCCUUGUUCAGCCCAGACACUGAGGUCCAGCUCUGAGGGCUUUCUGGCGGUUCCCUCACUGCAAGAAGCGAAGUUACAGGGAACCAGGCAGAAAGCCUUCUCGGUGGUGGUGCCCACCCUGUGGAAUGCCCUCUCAUCAGAUGUCAAAGAAAUAAACAACUAUCUGAUUUUUAGAAGACAUCUAAAUACAGCCCUGCUUAGGGCAGGUUUUUAAUGUUUGAUGUUUUAUUGCAUUAUGAUGAUGAUGAUGAUGAUGUGAGCUGCCCAGAGUGGCUGGGGAAACCCAGCCAGAUGGGCAGGGUAUAAAUAAAUUAUUAUUAUUAUUAUUAUUAUUAUUAUUAUUAUUAUUAUUAUUACAUGUGGAAGCAGCAGGAUGCAUCUUUCUAAUUCAUUAAAGGGAGGAUAUUAAAAGUUUCUGUUCACCUGACUUCCUUUUCUGAGUUGGGACUUUACAGUGAAGACAGUAUCCCACUUUAAGGGCAGGCCAGGAGGUGGAGCCAGCAUUUUCUCUGCCCCUCAUCAGCAUUUAGCAUAAGUGUACAUCACUGGGUCUGCACUCCCGUUGCUGAUUCUCCUUGCCCUUCUCCCCAGGUGAACCUUCCCCUCCUCAUCUUCUCUUUUGUGGGCUUCCUGCUUCCCAGCUACCUCUACUUCUACCGCCGCAGGCUCCUCCAGGAACAGGCAGCCAAAGAAGGGAUUCCAGAUCAGGCGAACGGUGCCCAGAUGAAACUCCAGGACAAUGCAGCCACCAAUGGCCUGUUGAGCAAUGAUGCCACCACUGUAUAA